UUUGGAUAACGACGGAGCUGUUACUUCUGACAGUCGCAAAGUCAACAUGGACGUCCACAGAGUACCUAACCACGAUCAAAUGGAUUACAACUUCGACAACAUGGAGCCCAAACAUGGGAAAGUGCUGCCUUGCCAAGAGGACCGUUUUGACAGCGGCCUGGAUUCCCUAAAAGAGGACGAGCUGGUGAACGAGUUUGAGAACAUAUGUGUGUCCAUGGGCGAGGAAAGCACGCAUGAAUACGAGCCUUGGAGAGCUGUAGUGACGGACGAUGGUGACACGCUUCUCCACUUGGCCAUCAUUCAUGAAGCACAAGAUCAUGCCCUCCAGAUGAUCAAAUUGUCUCACAGUCACCCCUUCCUCAAUGUACAGAACCACCAGAGACAGACUGCCCUCCACCUAGCAGUGAUCACAGAUCAGCCACACUUGGUAGAGAGACUCCUUAAAGCCGGAUGUGACCCACGGCUGGCCGAUGACAGCGGGAACACAGCCCUCCACAUCGCCUGCAAAAAGGGCUCCCUCGCCUGCUUCGGGGUCAUCACUCAGAACAGCCAGCGCCACCUCGCCUCCAUUGUGUCUUUCCCCAACUACAGUGGACAUAACUGCCUCCACUUGGCGUCAAUUAAUGGCUUCAUUUCAUUGGUGGAAAGUCUCAUUCAGCUGGGUGCAGACAUUAACGCACAGGAACAAUGCAGUGGAAGGACAGUGCUCCAUCUGGCCGUAGAUCUCCAGAACGCAGCACUGGUCCGUCGCCUCCUUGACCUCGGCGCCGACGUUAACUGCUUAAACUAUGGCGGAUUCACACCGUACCACCUCACCUACGGUCGUAACAACGACGAGAUCCGCUGCCAAUUGUUUGAUAGGACGGCAGAGGAGCUGAGGGAGCUUCCCGAAAGCGAAUCGGAAGAUAGCGACAUGGACGACCUGGAGCUGUCUGAGGAUGAGUUGUACGAUGACAUAAAAUUUGGAAAGUAAAGAAACAAACAACCCUCUUCUGGUGGUGUGAAGACAGUGAAGCUGCUACAGGGUUGCCCAGAAACGGCACCGACGAGGGACACAUCAAGUCCACGUCUCGCGUACAGGAAGUCCACAGGUGCUGGCCCUUCAAACAAGAAUGAAGAAGGCGUCCAGUUUGGUCAAGACCAGUUUGGAUCACAGAACUCUGUGUCAAGAUCCAUAUUACAGCCAUGACCAUGACCUCCAUAUAGUCGCUCUAUUAACUGUAUAAUUAUAUAUAAAUGUGUAUAUAUUGUAAAUACAGAGAUAAUAUUUUUGUACCUGUAAAUAUUUUGUGUGAAUUUAAACACUAUUAACAAAAUGAUGAGAAUAAAAAGAUGUUUAUGAA